AUGGACGAGAAUGGAAUGACACCGCACAGAGAGCAGCGGUUCGUCAUUGCUGUGGACUAUGGCACGACGUACACGGGUGUCGCCUACGCGACUCCCAACUCCAAUUACCUCCCGCUCGACGAGAUCGACCUGAUGGAGGACUGGGGACACAACAUGGGCAACCACAAAAAGAUCCCCAGCGUCAUCUCCUUCUCGCCGUCGACCGAGGCCAUGGAGCAGCAGUGGGGUUACGACCUGAGCGAACACGCCAUCUCGGUCGUCCACACCAAGCUGGAACUCGACCUGCAGGACGUGUCGGGCGAGCUGGACCUCAUGCUCCACGCCCUCGACGGCAUGUGCGACUUUAGCUUCCAGCACAUCAAGGGCGCCGGCGCCGAGCACGCCUUUAGCGACAAGUCCGCCGAGAGGGUUGUGACCGAUUACCUGACGAGGGUGUUUGAGCACCUGCUGGCGGCGAUUGCCAAUUUCUCCUUCUCCAUCAGGAUUCGCGUCCCGGUUGAUCUUGUGGUCACUGUACCGACGGAAUGGUCCUACCGGGCCAAAAACUCGACCUUCCGCGCCCUCACCACCGCCGGUUUCAACCAGCAAAACUUCCCCAAGCUGGCCAACGUCCUGUUCAUCACAGAACCCGAGGCGGCGGCAAUCUACACGGCGCGGUAUCUGAAGGAUGAGGUCCGCGAAAUCUUUCUCAAGCCAAAUUCAUGUUUCAUUCUUUGUGAUGCGGGUGGUGGUACCGUCGAUGUCGUAUCAUACAAGGUCAAACAGGUGGAACCGUCACUCGUGCUGGAGAGAAUCGGAGUACCAACUGGCGACAAAUGCGGCGCCAUCUACAUCGACAUAGCCUUCAAGGAAUGGCUGAGACAGCAGCUCGGCAACAAAUACUACGAGAAACUCGACCUGAACCAGGACCUGCAGCGCGUCAGCUCGCACACGUGCGAGAGCAAGGCCAUGCGCGAGCUGAUGAAGUCGUUUGACGUGCUGAAGAAGCAGUUCCACAAGAACCACAGGGACAUGGCGCUGGAUCUGCCCGCGCCACUGCACAAUUUGACCCUCGAGGGCCGCGUCGACUGCGGCGAGAUCAAGAUCUCAAACGCCACAAUGACUGGAUUCUUCGACUUUUGUGUGGGCAAGAUCAUGGAUUUGCUUACGGGACAUAUCCGCCAGAUUGACAACCUGGGCAAGCAAGUCAAGAACAUCUUCCUCGUCGGCGGCUUCGGCGAAUCGCCUUACCUGCAAGAAGAGAUUGAAUUCUCGCUGCGCCUGAGACGGAUCAAGCUGCGACGGCCCGACACGUCGUGGACGGCCGUGGUCCGGGGCGCCGUGCUGCACGGCAUCGAAAAGGACACCAUCUCGAACCUGUCGAUCGCGACGGCGUGCCCGCGCCACUUUGGCAUCAGCGUCAGCGAGCAGUUCUCCAAGAUCCACCACGAGGAGCGCGACAUCACCGUCAACCCCAUCACCAACUCGCAGAUCGUCGAGGGCCAGCUGCUGUGGAUGCUCAACAAGGGUGACCUGGUCCUGUCCGACACCCCGACCACCGUGUCCCAGCUGAUUUCUCUGUCGUUCCGCGAGAAUGACAAGGCCAAGCGCCACCUGACCGUCUACUCGUACUCGGACGACGAGGACCGGCCCAACAAGAUCAAGAACUCGUUGGACGAACUCACCGUCUCGCACGUCCUCGAGUACGACCUGACGGGAAUCGACCGCAAGCUUCUCGAGAAGCCAAAGGGCCGCCACGGCAGUUUCUACCUCGCCCGCCUGAAGCUCACGCUCUCACUCUCGGCCAACCGGCUGAGCUCGGUGCUCUCGUGGAACGGCGUCGAGCUGGCUGUGGGGGAUGAGACGUGGUAG